GCAGCUGCCGGCACCUCCCUCCCGGCUGUGCCCGCCCGCGGCCCCGCCCACGCGACCGUCACGUGACCUCGCAGCGUGCUCCGCCCCUUCUUCAACUCACGUGAUCGCGCCCAGGGAGAAAACGCCUGACCCCAGCCCCCGGCCUUCAAGGCACGGCUUUUUCUUCCUUCGGCUGGUCGGCCUGUCGCCUUUCAGCUAUCUGUGUGUCCCUCGUUCCCGUCCCGGGGUUCCCCCGGAGCCUGUCGGCCAUGCGGCUUUUGCCUCUAGCCCCAGGUCGGCCCCGAUGGGGCAGCCCCCGCCACCUGCCCUCCUGCAGCCCAACGCUGCUGCUGCUGGUGCUGGGCGGCUGCCUGGGGGUCUCCGGGGUGGCGGCGGGAACCCGGAGGCCCAACGUGGUGUUGCUUCUCACGGACGACCAGGACGAAGUGCUCGGCGGCAUGACACCACUAAAGAAAACCAGAGCACUCAUUGGAGAGAUGGGGAUGACUUUUUCCAGUGCUUAUGUGCCAAGUGCUCUCUGCUGCCCCAGCAGAGCCAGUAUCCUGACAGGAAAGUACCCACAUAAUCAUCACGUUGUGAACAACACUCUAGAGGGGAACUGCAGUAGUAAGUCCUGGCAGAAGAUCCAGGAACCAAACACUUUCCCAGCAAUUCUCAGAUCAAUGUGUGGUUACCAAACCUUUUUUGCAGGGAAGUAUUUAAAUGAGUAUGGAGCCCCAGAUGCAGGUGGACUAGAACAUGUUCCUCUGGGCUGGAGUUACUGGUAUGCCUUGGAAAAGAAUUCUAAGUAUUAUAAUUACACCCUCUCUAUCAAUGGAAAGGCACGGAAGCAUGGUGAAAACUAUAGUGUGGACUACCUAACAGAUGUUUUGGCUAAUGUCUCAUUGGACUUCCUGAACUACAAAUCCAACUUUGAGCCCUUCUUCAUGAUGAUCGCCACUCCAGCACCUCAUUCACCUUGGACAGCUGCACCUCAGUACCAGAAGGCUUUCCAGAGUGUCUUUGCACCAAGAAACAAGAACUUCAACAUCCAUGGAAUGAACAAGCACUGGUUAAUUAGGCAAGCCAAGACUCCAAUGACUAAUUCUUCAAUACAGUUUUUAGAUAAUGCAUUUAGGAAAAGGUGGCAAACUCUCCUCUCAGUUGAUGACCUUGUGGAGAAACUGAUCAAGAGAUUGGAGUUCACUGGGGAGCUGAACAACACUUACAUCUUCUAUACCUCAGACAAUGGCUAUCACACAGGACAGUUUUCCUUGCCGAUAGACAAGAGACAGCUGUAUGAGUUUGAUAUUAAAGUUCCACUGUUGGUUCGAGGGCCUGGGAUCAAACCAAAUCAGACAAGCAAGAUGCUGGUUGCCAACAUUGACUUGGGUCCUACUAUUUUGGACAUUGCUGGCUACGACCUAAAUAAGACACAGAUGGAUGGGAUGUCUUUAUUGCCCAUUUUGAGAGGUGCCAGUAACUUGACCUGGCGAUCAGAUGUCCUGGUGGAAUACCAAGGAGAAGGCCGUAACGUCACUGACCCAACAUGCCCUUCUCUGAGUCCUGGCGUAUCUCAAUGUUUCCCAGACUGCGUAUGUGAAGAUGCUUAUAACAACACCUAUGCCUGUGUGAGGACAAUGUCAGCAUUGUGGAAUUUGCAGUAUUGUGAGUUUGAUGACCAGGAGGUGUUUGUAGAAGUCUAUAAUCUGACUGCAGACCCAGACCAAAUCACUAACAUUGCAAAAAAUAUAGACCCAGAGCUUUUAGGAAAGAUGAACUAUCGGUUAAUGAUGCUACAGUCCUGUUCUGGGCCAACCUGUCGUACUCCAGGGGUUUUUGACCCCAGAUACAGGUUUGACCCCCGUCUCAUGUUUAGCAACCGUGGCAGUGUCAGGACUCGAAGAUUUUCGAAACAUCUUCUGUAGCAGCCUCACACAGCCUCUUCAGUUGGAUCCCUGCACGCCUCUUUCUGAUGAAGUGAUUGUAGUAGGUGUCUGUAGCUAGUCUUCAAGACCACACCUGGAGGAGUUUCUGGAUUGGCUUUCAGUCCUGUUUGAAAUAGCAACCCCAUUGGCUGACUUCCUCAUGCAAUGCGUUAAACUGUGAACUCUGCCCGUGUGUCAGGAGUGGCCGUCUCUGGUCUCUUCUUCAGCUGAUAAGGACAUUCUGAGGUAUUUGUUCUCACCAUAUUCUUUCUGUCCUGGGGCCACAAUUCUUGAUUAUUCCCCAUGUGGUUAAAGUCUGAAUUUGUAAAUCCAUUCAGAUAAAUGGCAAUACUGUAGGACACACACACACACACACACACACUCCCCUACCUUUUGAUAUAGCUUGACCUAAAAUCGAAGGACCUGUGUAGCAUUUCAGAUUGAGCACUUCACUAUCAAAAAUACUAACAUCACAUGGCUUGAAGAACAACCAUCAGAGCUGAAUCACCCAAGUAAGAACAAGUACCAUUGUUGAUAGAUUAGUAGAGAUACAUUUUUUAUGAUGUCCAUCACAGUGUAGUAAGGUUGCAAAUUCAAAACAUGUUACCCAAGCUCUGUUCGUUGUUUUUUUGGCGGGGGCGGGGAAUUCUAGGCUGGUGCUGCACUGAAUUAGAGCAGCAAGCUUGUGAUAAAGGCCAAUUCCAGGUAGCUCUUGAAGGUGAUAACCAUCUACUUUCCAGUGGCUGCCAACCACAGGAGUGCCAGUUAACACUGGAAGGACUGAGGAAAGUUCUCUUCUUUUGAGACUCUCCUCUGAGAUCUGAAAAGUAAAGUGGUGUAGGAACAUCACCAGGGAAGAACUGCCAAGAGUUGGUAGAGGUUGUGUCUUCUGAAGGCCUUCUGAAGACAGUGUUCUUGAACAGACAGGUGGAAGGGCUGCACCUGGGAUAAAGGAAGGAAGUACCUAUCUAGCAUGGAGCUUGAGUUUGGGUUCCAUGCAUGAAGUCGUUGACUCUCUCUGCAUUUUUCUGUCAUUCUGUUCAAUUGUUUUAAGAUGGAAAAUUUUCUUGUAGUUGAUGUGAAGUAUCAACUACUUUAUCCUACCUUCUCCCUUUUAGAUGGGUUCUUCCUGAGUUUUUGGAGUCUUGUGUGAUUAGAGCCCCAUUCAGUAUUCCCCUGUCAAAAUCACAUCUAUUUAGGUUUCUUCACUGUUGAGAACACCUAAAUUUUUUUCAUUUUACUUUUGUUUUUUGCAGGGAGGAGGGGUGGACAGAGUCUUGCUAUGUUACCCAGGCUGGAGUGUAGUGGGGCAAUUUCAGCUCACUGCACCCUCAGCCUGCUGGGUUAAAGGGACUCUCCUGCCUCAGCCUCCUGAGUAGCUGGGAUUACAGGCACCCACCACCACACCCAGCUGCUUUUUGUAUUUUCAGUAGGGACGGUGUUUCACCAUGUUGGCCAGGCUAGUCUCAAACUCCUGACCUCAUGAUCCACCCACCUUGGCCUCCCAAAGUGCUGGGAGUACAGGUGUGAGCCACCACACCUGACCAAGAACACCUAAAUUUUUAGGUUUCUUGGCUCAAAAACCAAUUCCACUUCUAAUGUUUUCUUCACAAGAAGGCUCAUUUGUGGUGAGACAGCAGGGGAGGAGGAAGAGCUGUGGUUUAUAAUUACUCAACUCAGGCGUGAUUUUAGCUUUAUUUGAAGUCUUCUGUCCAGCUUUAAGCACUUGAUAAGACAUGGCUGAAAGUAGCUUUUCUAUCAGAAUUGCAGAUAGUCAUGAUGGGUUAACAGCCAUUGGAUUUAUUCCUUUACCUCACAUGAUCCCAGCAACUGUGGUGGUAUCUAGUGGUAUCUAGGCAAGGGAAAUGAACACCUCUGCUGUGAAUGCUUUACAGAAGGAAAUUCAAAAAAUGUUGUAACUAAAAGCAAACUACAUUGUUGAAUAUGAGUUUCGGCUUUCUUUUUUACUUUGAUUCUUAACAUUAUCGGUCAACUUACAUAUUAAUGAAAGUUGACCACAGUUAUUUCCAAAUAAAAAGAAAGCAACUCUUACCAGGUCUUGGACUGUGAUGUCAUAUUAUUCAGUUUUAUACUGGUUCCUGAGAGCAGAAGUCAUAAGAGUGACACAGUCAGCUGCUGAUAGCACCUCUGCCACGCUGCUCUUACAUUCAGUCCACUGGGUGUGCUUCAGUGGAGGGAUGUGGUGUGGCCCUGUCUCUACACUCCUCUAGUUUUGGUAUAUUUCCUAUCUAGCCUUCAAAUAGCUUCCAGUUUUAGUUUUUUUCUUGGACUGGCUUCAUUCUGAAUCUGUCCUAAAGUCAUCUUUCAUAAAGAGACCUCAGUUUAUAGUCUAACAGACUAUAGAAUGCACUGAUGUUUUCGUAGUAUUUAAGGGACCCACUGCAAGAAGCUUUCCUUUUAAUUGUAUUCAUUUAGAUUUUGAUUUUCCAUGUUAAGAAGGUGAGGUCCAUGUUGGUGCCCUUCGGAGCAGAGAACCAUAUAAACAUUAGGAAUCAACAGAGGCCUUAGGAAUGAAUAGUUUGCCUUAUACAAUUUCCUGUUACAAAGCUCUCCCUCACAUACAAAGUAGAUAACACCUUUUGAGCAUCUUUGACAUAUGGUGCUGUACAAACACUUCUUUUUUUUUUUUUUGAGACGGAGUCUCGCUGUUGUCACCCGGGCUGGAAUGCAAUGGAGCGAUCUCACCUCACUGCCACUUCCACCUCCUGGGUUCCAGUAGUUCUCCUGCCUCAGCCUCCCAAGUAGCUGAGAUUACAGGCACCUACCACCACGCUCAGCCAAUUUUUGUAUUUUUUUGUAGAGAUGGGGUUUCACCAUGUUGACCAGGCUGGUUGAACUCCUGACCUCGGGCGAUCCACCUGCCUCGGCCUCCCAAAGUGCUGGGAUUACAGGUGUGAGCCACUGCACCCGGCCUGCAAACACAUUUUAAUUGACAACACUAGGGCUCUUGUACAAAAAGAUGAUGAUAGCCAUGGAAGUUUCACCUUAUUCUAUGAGAAGUGUUCCUAAGUGUCUAAGUUUAGUGUUUUGUUUUUUUAAAAGGAAUGUUGUCCCAGGAUUCAUACUAAAGAAAGCAAAAGUUAUUUCAACUGAUCCACCAGUCGAAUUAGAUGGGUAGAGUUGGGUUCUUGAGUUUUACCACCACUUAAUUCCCACUGAAUUUUGUAACUUCCUGUGUUUGCAUCCUCUGUUCCUUAUUCUGCCCUUGCUCUAUGUCAUCUCAGUAAUUUGACUUAGAAAGUGCCCUUCAAAAGGACCCUGUUCACUGCUGCACUUUUCAAUGAAUUAAAAUUUAUUUCCUUUCUA